CACUCGGCAGCUCCGUCGCGGAUUCAUGAACGUGUCGUGAAUGUGUCUUUUGGUUUGGAGGCGGAUGGAGCUGAGGAAAGCACUUCCUGUCGGUCGGGGGUGUAAACACAGGGAACAGGAACGUUAGCUGUAGAGUGCUACGGUUUCGGUGCUGUAAAGGAUGGAGCUAAGGCUCUCAAAUAGUUGUCAUAGUUGUGCGCUUUGGCUUUGCAGCUUUGCGUUAUGUGCCAUCAUAGGUUUGUAUCCAGUUGCUUCUAUAGAAGUGUACACUCCCGCUGAGAUGUUUGUAGAAAAUGGAACUACUGGAGUACUUAAAUGUACUUUCAGAUCGACUCAAGUGAUCAGUAGUCUAGCAUCAGUGACCUGGUCUUUCAUCCCAGAGGGCUCUUCAGAAUCUACUGGUGAAACUAUCUUCCAUUAUGCCGGUGGUAAAGGGUUCCCAGACAGCAUUCAGUUUAAGAGCAGAGUUGAGUGGGCGGGGGACCUGAACAAAAAGGAUGUCUCCAUUCGCGUCAGUAAGAUGCAGUUUUCCGACAAUGGCACUUACUCAUGCGAUGUGAAGAACCCUCCUGAUAUAGCAGGCAAACCUUCACUGACUAAGCUCAAAGUUGUGCAGAAAGAGUCCCUGCCUCAGACAAGCCCAGCAGUGAUCGUGGGCGCCGUCAUCGGCGCAAUCAUCGGCGUCGCCAUCAUCGCUGUAGUUGCAUAUCUGUUAAUACGAAUGCGGUCCUCCCGUGACUACGAAGGCUGCACCUCCAUAGAGAGUGUGAGCACACACGUGGCUCGGCCGGGGAAGAAAGCUGAGUCCAGCACAGAUGGCUCACGCUGUAGCAGCCCCUCAGCUCCAGUACAGGGCCCGGUGAUAUAUGCUCAGCUUGAUCACUCUGGCAGUAAGAACUCCUUCCACAAGAUGGAGCCCGUGGUGUAUGCUGACAUCCGUAAGAACUAGAAAGAAAGCAAGAGAACAGAGAGUAGUACUCACUCUUCCAGCAACACUCCAUUUCUAUCAUGGUUUUUUUUUCCCUUAAAUAAAUUAAUGACCCUUUCACUUUUUAAUCAUGUCUUAUAUAGUGGGAGACUUCAAAGCAUCAUAAGAUGAUGUUCCUGCACUCCAUGAAUUAUUACCACUCCAAAUGCAGUUACUAAUUAAUUCCCCUCAUACUGAAUCCGUGCAUGUUGCUUAUUAUGCUGAAUCCUUCUUCUUAUCGGAUCUCUCAGAAGUGAAGUUUGAAAAUUUCAGCUACUUGGUUUUCUGUCAUUGUGCUUUAUCCCACUGAAGAAAUGCCACAUAGAGACAUUGUUUAAUAUAUAUGUUGUAAAUUUCUGUCUCAGUAGGUUAAGCAUGCAAUCAUGAUACACCACUUUUGUUUUAAAAAGGCAGAAACUCAAGCCGCAGUAAACGGUCAUGACCAAAAGAGCUCUUGAUUUUACAGACCGAAUUCCAACUAAGUGUACAAGUCUGUGUGCUUAGUUCAGAACUUAGCAGUGCUUAUUAAGUUUUUAAAAUAUUUUCCCACUGAUUACUUAAGUAGUGAUAAAAGCAAUGAGCAAGUUUUCAGACACGGUUUAAGCUCGGUCCAUUUUUACCAACGUUUUAAUUGAAUUCAGUGAAAAAUUUCUGCAUCUCUACUGCAAUGUGAUCUAAGAAUAGGUUUAAUAUAUGUCUUGAAAAAUGGUCAUGGCAGAGUUUUUUUCUUUCUUUCUUUCUUUUUUUUCUUACUAUACUACAAACAUUCUUUAAAAAUGGUUUAUUUAUGAUUCUCACAAGUUCCAAAGUAUUUUCACUGCCAUGCUUUUGUAAAGAAUUUUCUUCCAAAUGCUUAAGUUUAGUUACAGCUGUGUAGCAGCAGUGCAGUUGGUAGGAUGUUUGUUUAGCUGUAACAUUUUUCUGUAAAUGAUCAUCUCCUCUUAAAUUAGUAAGUAGCCUAAUAGAGUAUGCCAUUAGUGUCAUGUUCCUUUAGAUAUAUUCCAAGUUGAUCCACUUAAUGACUUCAUUUACAUGCACAUCAUUUUUAUGAUAUUAAUCAGAAUUUGCCAAUAUUCUAUUUAGUAUUCACGUAAACGCCGCAACCCGAUUGCCUGAUUCAGACUAAGACAAUAUUCGGAUCCCCCAAAAUACUGAUUCUCACCCCUGGAACGUACCUGUUUUAUUCAGAAAAUCAUUGCAUGUAAACACCUUGUUCAGAAAAUCCACUGCAAGAAGACAUAUGCACAUGCUCAGUUCGCAAGGAAUUGUGGGUGCUAACAGAUGUUUAGCUGUAGGCUAGGUAUUUAGGAAUGGUAACUCAGGCAUACUUACAACAACCACGUAUGCAGGAAUACUCUGAUGCCUGUACACAUAUAAACAUCAUAUUCGGAAUACGGCUGCAACCCAAACAUAGACCUUAAACAGAAUUUGAUGUGCAUAUAAACAAAGCCAAUAUGCUGCGUUACUUCCUCUGUUUUGUGACAUGCUGAAACAGCUGAUUUUGGGAAUAGUGUUAAACAUUCCUCUGUUUUUCCUCCCCUCUGUAAGUCUUAAUUGUUUCUCUUUGCACAUUAUGGGGUGACAUUGUAGCUUUGUUUAUUUUAUGGUUUUGUUUUAGAAAGAAAAUGCAAAUUAUUUUAAAGACGAUAUAGUAAACGGUAAUCAUAACCAAAACCAUGACAUUCCUUACACUUAAUAUGAUGCUGGACCUUUUGUCAUGCAGUUUUGAAAUAGCAUGUAUAUAGAUUAUUGUUUUUAUUUGAAAGUCUUUUGCUGCCUAUUAAAACUGACAGUCUUAUGAAUCGAUUAGGAAUAUGCUCUCGGGUGCAGUUUACAUCGGCCUCGCGCCAUUAAAAUGUGACUGAUUUCCAGGCUUUCUAUGUUGUGUUGGAAAGUAAGCAUUGUGCUCUGCAGCAUGUUUUGACUUUAUAGCACUAUUGUUCUUUACUUUCCUUUUAAGAAAAGUGUGUUAAUGCAGAUUAAUGAUGUUAAUGAUGUGUUAAUAAUGUGACCAUUCAUUGAGAACUGGAAUGUUGUGAAUUAUAGUGCCUUUUUCACAUUUCAUGUACUAACUCAGUCCCAUUCUGCGUGUCCUGUCCACUUCUGUUUUGUAUAUGAAACCAACGCUGUCUGAUUUUCUUUUUAUACAUGUAUAAAAUAUAUAUAUGAAAAGUCAGUCAAACCCGAUUCAGCAUUUUGCAUUUUUACUGCUAUGUGAAUGAGCUUUGUAUAUGAUUUUUCCAUAAAAUUGCUUAUUUGUAGGUACAACACAAUUCAUUCAGAGUAAAUAAGAAACUCAGAUGCUCUUUUGAAAGUCGCACAUUAGAAAAUGUUAUUUAAAUUUCUAUUUACAUUUAAAUAACAUUUUAACAUCUAAUUUUCUGUUAUUGAAAUUUCUUUUCAUUGGCAUAAAAGAAAAAGGCCAGAAAACGUAUUUCCCCCGAAACCCUUCUGCUAGUAAAUAACUCGCUGUCUAUUCUUUCAUUUUAGGGAUUGUGAAGCUUAACCAGUAGGCUGUGACAAACUGUUAACUAUUAAACCUGCAAAUCAUUCUGUCUUUGAA